AUGCCUGCAUGGAAAGUACUGCUUUUUUGCAGGGCAUAUCUGGAGAAGAACUUCAGUGUUACUUAUGUUAAAAGUCAACUUAACAUUUCAGAACACACUGCUAUAGACUGGACCUCUUUUUGUGCAGAAAUAUGUGAAUAUUGGCUCCAACAGCAGAAGCCAAUCGGAGGGCCAGGAGUUCAGGUUGAAAUAGAUGAAACAGUAAUCAGCAAACGAAAGUACAACCGUGGACGUAUGCUGAAGACAGUUUGGCUUUUUGGAGGGAUUGAGAGAGUGGGGAAGAAAUUCUUCAUAAUCCCACUAAUCACGGAAGGAGAGGAAGGAACGGAACCUGACGUCGUGCCAAGAUCUGCUGAGAAUCUCGUUACUCACAUUAAGCAAUUCAUUGUUCCUGGUUCUGUUGUUUAUAGUGACAUGUGGAAAGGAUACGACUCAUUAGGCAAGAUAGGAUACACGCACCAUAGAGUCAAUCAUUCAAAGGAGUUUGUGUCAACAAGUGACACCAGUGUCCACACACAAAACAUUGAACGUCUCUGGCGCGACGUGAAGGAGUGGGUUAAAAAGCCUGGUAUUGUGCUCUAUCACGUCAAAAAGUACAUCGCCAGGUAUGUCUUUUGCAAGAUGGUGACUGAAGAAGCAAAAUUUCAUGAAUUUCUCCUCACUGCUGCAAAGAUGUACCCACACGACGGUAAUAAGAUAAGACCAGAUCCACGACUGACUGACGCUUAA